UAGUUGGUCUGAUUGGCCAUUUCCCGCGAAGCCAUAUGCAUUUCGUCAUCUGAUGCAGCGACCACCUUACUCAGCUGUCAACGCGUCGCUGAUUCGUUCUCUCAGAAAACGCCGAGCCAAUCGGAGCGCUCGGCGCAUCCCGCUGCCCACCAUGGCAAAGCAAGUGUGUAUAGAUACGGUGGCUUCUUCCAGUCGCCGCAUUUCUUAAGUUUGCUGCCGUGUCGCGGUUGACACACAGCAGUGCUGCAAAGAUGUCCCCGCAUCUCUCCGUCACACCUGAUGUCCGCACGUCAGUCGCACCACACUGACACGUCAGCUGCAAGACUCCAGGUUCACCUCAAAAGGACCCUCGCGAGUUUCGUGGCCGCGGAGCGCGUGUGCGUGCACGUGCCUGCUCGUGCGUUACGGCAUUUUGCGCUCGCAGCAUCACUGCACUGCUUGCCGCAUGGCCAAAAGGCGACGGCCGGCCGCCGAGGGUGUGUGCGCUAACUGCUGUGCGCCUGUCACUAUUUGCCGCCGAGGCUCACGAGGCUGGUCGAGGGAGAAGUCAAUGAACACCGCAAACUCCACCUCCACGCUCGGACUCAUCAAGCUAAUUAUUUCGGCGAGUGUUUGAACCCUGGCGGCCCUUGGCCUCCUCCUGAGUUGUAACCGGCGUCUACACAGCUGUGCCGGCAGCCACAAGCACGGAGAGAGCAGUGGUCAGUCACCUGCCACCAUGUCUAAGAAGGGCUUGCAAGAGGAGGAGGUCGAUUCCGUAGGCAUCAUGGAGGCUAUCUACUUCCGGUUGCGGUCCAAGUCGUGUUCGGGCAAGCGGCCGGUCAGCACCGGUCAGCGUUUGUCCAGUCCCUGCAGUCCACCGUCCAGUGCCAGCCAUCGACUGUCCAGCCCCUGCAGUCCACCGUCCAGCUUCGAGUCCAAGCGCCUGACUGUGCCUGAAGAUGAGUUCAGGCGUCGUGCUCUCAGCAACUGUUCAUAUCCACGGUCAAGGGUGUGGAGAUGUCGCUCAGAACAUGUGGACCUGUGAGUAGAGAAAGAGGAGAGACCAGGCCACGCAUGUCUUUUGAUGGCGUGCAGCCAGCUGAGCGGCCGGCGGGUCGGAACCACUCGAAGCCGGGUCUGGUCUUAUCAGCGCGCACGCUCACCAACACACUUCCUGAACGCACUUCCCCCCCUCGUAGCCGCCUUCGUUCUUAUAAAAUAUGUCUCUGACCUC